AGCAGCAAUUUCGUAUGAUCUAGUGUCCAGGUUUAAUGGACUUCUGAAUCACUUUUUCUCCCCCCUCGCAAGACUAGCUCGGAGAUCUAUGAGUGAAGAAAGCGUUUGUGCUUGAAUAGGCUGGCUGACAGCGGUCAGAAGUGUUGGGGUAGAGACAUAAAACAAUGGGUGACUGGAGUUUUCUUGGAAGGCUUUUGGAGAAUGCACAGGAACACUCGACUGUAGUAGGCAAGGUCUGGUUGACUGUGCUCUUCAUCUUCCGGAUCCUGGUGCUGGGUGCUGCGGCUGAAGAGGUCUGGGGUGACGAGCAAUCCGAUUUCACCUGCAACACCCAACAGCCUGGUUGCGAGAACGUUUGCUACGACAAAGCUUUCCCUAUCUCUCAUAUACGAUUCUGGGUUUUGCAGAUCAUCUUCGUCUCCACGCCCACUUUGAUUUACCUGGGCCACGUACUGCACAUAGUGCGAAUGGAAGACAAGCGGAAAGAGAGGGAAGAGGAACUCCGAAAAGCCAAGAAUCAAGAAUACAAAGAACUAAUACUUGAAAAUGGCAAAAAGGAAAAGCUUUCCUAUAGAGACGAACUUGGUAAAAUCCGAAUCCGAGGUGCCCUCUUACGCACCUACGUUUUCAAUAUAAUUUUCAAAGCGAUGUUUGAAAUUGGAUUUAUUGUAGGUCAGUAUAUCCUGUAUGGUUUUGAGCUUAGACCUUUGUAUAGGUGCGAUAGAUGGCCAUGUCCCAACACCGUGGACUGCUUCAUCUCACGGCCAACAGAAAAGACCAUCUUCAUCCUAUUUAUGCUUGUGGUGGCUUGCGUGUCCCUUUUAUUGAACCUAAUGGAAAUCUAUCACCUCGGCUGGAAAAAGCUGCAGCAGGGAUUGAAGAACCGGCACCCCCAUGACCCAGAGCACAAGACCGAGCCUCUCACCAGGACUGCCCCGAGCAGCUUCACCUACCCCUACUUCCCUGACCCGACGGAGGGGCCCCACCCUUACCCGGGAGCCCCGCCCGCUGAGUUCAAGGUGGCACCGCUGCCCGAGGACAGGCCACCGUGCGUGGUCUACAACAACAAGCUAGCGGCCGAGCAGAACUGGACCAACUUCGCCACCGAGCACACCCGCGAGUUGAAGCCCGACGAGGCCGAGGCCGAGGCCGAGCCCGCGCCCGCGCCCCCCACGCCGACCAAUGAGGACAGCGGGAUCAUGGGCGGGGCGGCACGUGGCAACGGUCACCUGACCACCACGGUGGAGAUGCACGAGGCCCCCAGCGCGGACGCGCGCCGCCUGAGCAGAGUCAGUAAGGGGAGCAGCACCAGGGCCAGGUCGGACGACCUAGCGGUGUAGCGCCGGCCUUGCCCUUCCCUUCC